AUGGCUGGCGAGUACUGUAGCCGUGUUCUCCAAACCGCCAGCAGCAAUGGGCUGAAUCUGACCUGCAACGAUUGUGCUCUGGACCACAUGACAAACAUUGUCAAUUCUCCUUGGGGUCAGCAACUCCUCAGUCCAGCUGCCGUGAGCAGUCGUAUCUCCCGCUGUUCAGCGACCGCUUCCUACAGCGUGACGUACACUGCAAGCUCAACGCCAACAUCCACAUCAACCGCCAUUGCUACUGCGGGGGAUAAUGUGCGGUGCAAUGUCACGGACCCCAGUUGGAACACCUAUGUCGUUCCCUCAGCCAACACAACAUGCGUGGAUAUUUCGACUAUCGCCAACGUAUCUACUCCGGCCUUGGAGAGCAUUAAUGCCCUUGGGUCGGAUUGUAGCUAUCUGACCAAGGGUCAGACGCUAUGUCUGCCUGAUGUCUGUGACAUCUACAAGGUCUCCUCCAAUGAUACCUGCACGUCCAUUCUUGGGAAAUUGCGACAACAGAUCUCAACCCCCACCUUUCGGUCGUGGAACCCAUCCAUCAAUUCCGCCUGCUCAAAUCUGCAAGCUUUGGAGGGAGAGUAUAUCUGUCUGAGCCCUCCUGGUACCACAGUCAUCCCUAACAGUUUUGCUCUGAAAGCCGUCACGACCGCUGCGCUUGUUCCAGAUAAUGCGGUUACGACCUCCAAUACUGACUGUGGAUUCUGGUACACUAUCCAAGAUGGCGAUAUGUGUGACACUGUCGCGUCCAUGUUUUCUAUCUCGGAAAAGGACUUCUAUUUCCUGAAUACUCAACUCAACAACACUUGUGACUCCUUGUGGUUAAACAAUAGCUACGUAAGGCAUAUCAGGAAAGACUCCGUGCGUGCAAGCGGUCGGAAGCAUUCAUACUCUGGGUAUGCCUCAACCACCAGUAACUCGCUAUCAGCUCUGACGUCCACCAUCAAUGUCAAUGCCACGGUGACAGCAAACCGCACCACGACUUGGCUUCUUCCCACAGGACUGUCGAUCUCGACCACUACCGGGACAUAUAACGAUACUGCAUAUGAAAUGACUAAGGGCUACACGCUCUGCCUAAAUGCGAUAUCUUACUACAGUCUCGAUCUCGACGACCUCGCAUUUAGUGAUCUCAUGACCAACACCGCCUGGUAUAGCGAAUGGGAUCGUGUUUGUGACUUGGACUUGAGCCAGCCUACUCCUACUAUACCUUUCAAUACCAGCAUUCCCCUGACCACCGCUAGUCAGACGAGUGCGGCUUCCAGUCAGGCCGCGGCAGGAUCUACCUCUACCAUUGUCUCGGCAUCCAGCACGAAAUCAUCUACCAGCAGCACUACCACUUCCACCACCUCCACUUCUGCGGCUACAUCCACGGCCACCGGUUUGGUUAUUUCCCCGGACGGUACUUGUGGUGGGACAACCGGGUACACGUGUGAGCAGUCCGGCUUUGGUGAUUGUUGUAGCAUUUACGGCGACUGGUAUGUUUGGCCGAGUACUCUUAACCCCCUGAUUGAAUCAUGUUCUGACUUGCUUUUACCAGUGGUUCCACCAGCGAUUAUUGUGCUACAUCCAGCUGUGAUGACUCCGCGGGAGUCUGCGCAGGCGGUGUUUCCCCCAAUGGUCUCUGCGGAGCGAGCAACAACGACUGGACCUGUUUCAAUUCGGGCUAUGGAGACUGCUGCGACACUUAUGGUUACUGUGGAUCAACCGAUGAUUACUGUGGAGCCAACUGCGAUUCCAGCUACGGCCCCUGCACCGGAACCACUUCGACCAACGGUCUCUGCGGCGCUGAUAAUAGUGAUUAUACUUGCUUCGGCUCCGAGUUUGGGUCUUGUUGCAGCAUCUAUGGAUACUGGUAAGUGA